AUGAAAACUGGUGGCUUCCAAUAUACAGGAGUAGGUGAUACUACUCGAUGUAGCAUAUGUGGCCUCGAAGUGUCUGGAUGGACUCGAGAGAUGGAACCAUUUUAUAUCCAUCUUGAACGUAGUCCCAAUUGUUCAUUUGUUCAUUCCGUACAAUCUAAGGGCAAGUUGAUACUCAAUGUUGUGGAAAAUCCUGCCAAACGACAGAAACUGGAAUUAGAGAGCAGUCAAUGGAAUAAACGAAAAAAAUUUGCUGAACUAGAUAUCCUUAAACAAGUACGUCGCCGAACAUUUUCACAUUGGCCAGGCGAAACAGUACCAACGAAGGAACAAAUGAUCGCAGCUGGAUUUUUCCAAUGCAAUGUUGGAGAUCGUGUUAUUUGUUUAUAUUGUAACCUCAUUUGUCAACAAUGGACAGGAAAUAUAGAUGAUCCAAUUGAAGUCCACAAAACUCUGUCGCCAAAAUGCUCCUUCGUAUUAUUAGUGCUAACACAAACAGAGCCUUCAUCCAUUUUGGCUGUAAAUGAAAUUUCAACAAACAACAAUAGUAAUCAAGAAACUUCAUUGAAUAAUAUGAAUCGACUUCGAUUCGAUCAAAAUGCUCCUUCAUCACCAUAUCAUAUUGAUUAUGCCAAUAUUCAAAGUCGAAAAGCAACUUUUGAAGCAUGGACCAAUGAGCCAUCACCUUCUGUUGAUGAUUUAGUAAAAGCUGGUUUCUUUUACACCGGCAUAAACAAUAUUGUGAGAUGUUUUUAUUGUAAUGGAUCACUACAGAAUUGGAGCAAAAAUGAUAAUCCAUUAAUUGAGCACAUAAGAUGGUUUCCACACUGUGCAUAUGCCAGACAAUUAAGUAGUAAUCAACUUUACACUAAAGGUCAACAAACCAAAAGCAUUCAACAAGGUUGA